AUGACACUAACCACACCUCCUACUUCACCCCUGAAUUCGCUGGAUGGACUCAAAGCUUUAUUUUUACAAAAACUCAGUGUGUUUCGAGAAAACGAGGUAGGCCAACCAGGGGACACAGACAAUGUAUGGCUAUCUGCUAUCUAUACCUACAACCUAAAAAACUGGUUUGAUGAACGAUGGAAAGAAUGGGAACCUGUGGAAAAGAGACGAAUCAGUUUCAGUGAUGAUUUUGAUGAUUGGGAUCAACAAGAAGAUACCAAGACACCGAUGCCCUUGCCUUUUGGGUCCUUGAAUGAUCCUUUGCGCACACUCACACUGGCUGCUAUUUUCCCUUCACGCCAUCUAUCUGAAUUCUGCUGGAGUCCCAUGGAUGGAUUGACAGCCAGUCAGUGGCAAAUAGCGCGUGAAUUUGCACCUGCAUCACAACAAAGAGCUUACCUUUCUCGUCUGUUGCAGAACGCGGUUCAUUCAUGGAUUCAAGAUCCUGCGAAUCGAGAAUACUUGGCACCGUACGAUGAAGCGAAUGAGGAUGCCAGCAGUGACCGUGUGAUGAGAAGCUUGUUUGGACCCAACUCAUCGACAGAUCCGAUCACACUGAUCAAAUCCGAUCAAGUAGAAACGGUACUGACUCGUCUAUUUGAGCCUACACAACAAGAAGAACCUCAUGAACGAGUACGAUGGAAGCUUCACCAUGGAUCCACCGUGCCCUAUCGUUCAUUCUUAUGGAACAUGAUCUUGUAUAGUCUCCAGACCGUGGCUCAACAAGACGCACAACAAGGCCGACAACAAACUAACUUUAUUGGCUUCUUGCGGGUGGUCUGGUUAGAAGUAUUGAAACAGAUACGUUGGCAUUGGGACCAUAGGGAGCCAUUGCCUGAUUUGAAUCCUUAUCUGUAUAAUGACAACGACAAGACAUUAGGUAUUGAUCUUCGGUACAAUAUGCUACAUCAAAAACUGGCGAUGGUGAAUUGUUGUAUUGUGCGUCAGUCACAAGAACCCAUGGCUUCAGAGCCCAUGUCUGAUGCCUCAUCUGAAGAGGACAGUGAUGUGUUUGUCGAUGCGAUGGAUGAUGAAGAAUCUUCGUUUGUUAGUCUACCCUGUGCAGAUCAAGAAGCAAUACAAGAUCCAGAGAAAGCAGAAGGUCAAUUAGAACCCCAUCCUACCUUGACAUUACUCCAAACAGGUCAGGUCAUGCAAAUACCCAUCACUCAGGACCCUGGAUUCAUGACAGAAGAUAUGGUGACAGAACAAGCGGAUGUGCUGCGUAGUCUAGGCACUUCUGACGAUGCGACACAAAAGAGAGCCCGUCUUCAAUCUGCUCAACUCCUGUCUGACAUGCAAGCAUUUAAAGCAGCCAAUCCCUAUGCUUGUCUUGAAGACUUUGUACGCUGGUAUUCACCGCGUGAUUGGGUGGAUGGUCAACUCAGUACACGUAUGUCUGAACCCAACAAUAUAUGGCAGGAAUUAUGGCAAUCUUCAAAACGUAUCCCUUGUUCAAGACAGAAGCCGUUGUUUGACAUGAAAAAAGAAGUAGAAAAAGCCCUGUUUUAUUUAGAAACAUUGUCUGUUCAUGAUAUGUUUGCCAUGUAA